AACUGCUCAGUUAGCCUUGCCAAGUGUCUGUUUUAUCACCAUGACCACCAAGAUCAAAGAAGACAGGCAGGGGACCGAUGUCAGUCCUGACAGAGACCAACAUGGAAAGAUGAAUAUCAGAGGCAACUGGGGAAGCAAAACUGAAUAUAUCUUGACCGUGAUGGGAGCCAUUAUUGGACCUGGCAACGUGUGGAGGUUUCCCUACCUGUGCUAUAAAAACGGGGGAGGUGUUUUCUUCAUCCCUUACCUGUUAUUCCUGCUCACCUGUGGAAUUCCUCUCUUCUUUAUGGAGACCGCUCUGGGACAGUACACCAGUCAGGGAGGCAUCACCUGCUGGCGUAAGAUCUGCCCACUAUUUCAGGGCGUAGGUUAUGCCAGUCAUCUAAUCAUCGGGUUCAGUGCCACCUCCUAUAUUGUGAUCCUUGCAUGGGCAUUAUUCUAUCUCUUCUCCUCCUUUAGUGCAGAACUGCCCUGGACAAACUGUGACAACAGCUGGAACACUGAGUCCUGCAUACGCUACACAAAGGAUGCAUCUUCAAACAACACCAGAGGAGGCAAUGGAACGCUGCCUGUAGUGGAAUUCUGGGAGAACAGAGUAUUACACAUAUCCAAGGGAAUAGAAGAAAUAGGGAGUGUAAACUACGAGCUGGCGCUGUGUCUCCUCCUGGUCUGGGUGAUCGUUUACUUCUGUGUGUGGAAGGGAAUUAAGUCCACAGGGAAGGCUGCAUACUUCACGGCCACGUUCCCUUAUGUUACCCUACUGGCACUGCUCAUCCGUGGCAUCACCCUGCCCGGGGCCAUGCAUGGCAUUUCCUACUACCUCUACCCCAACAUCUCACGCUUGUCCGACCAACAGGUUUGGAUGGAUGCAGGCACGCAGAUCUUCUUUUCCUAUGCCAUCAGCUUGGGCUUUCUCACGUCUCUGGGCAGCUACAACAACUACAAUAAUGACUGCUACAAGGACUCGUUCCUGUUAUGUCUGCUGAAUAGUGGUACCAGCUUCAUUUCCGGCUUUGCCAUCUUCUCCAUACUGGGGUUCAUGACCCACGAGCAGGGUGUUGACAUCUCAGAGGUGGCUGAUUCUGGUCCUGGACUGGCAUUCAUUGUGUACCCGAGGGUAGUAGCCAUGAUGCCUGUGCCACAGGUCUGGUCCGCUUGUUUCUUUCUCAUGAUCAUCCUCUUAGGCUUGGACAGCCAGUUUGUUGGCUUGGACUGUCUGAUGACCUCACUGGUGGAUAUAUUCCCCACACAACUCCGCAAAGGCUUCAGGCGGGAGCUGCUCCUGCUGGCCAUCUGCACUGGAGCUUUUUUGAUUGGCCUCAUCUUUGUGACAGAGGGGGGACUGUACAUUCUACAGCUGAUGGACCAUCACGUGUGCAGCGGAAUUACUCUUCUCAUUCUGUCCCUUUGUCAGUCCAUCAGCAUAGCCUGGAUCUAUGGUGCUGAACGCUUCUAUGGUAACAUAACUCACAUGAUCGGGUACAGACCAGCACCUGUGAUGAAGUACUGCUGGCUCUUCAUCACUCCUACAGUGUGUAUGGGCACAUUGAUUUUCUCUACUGUGAGGUACUCUCCUCUGAAGUUCAGCCUCACGUACGUGUACCCUGUUUGGGCCAACGUCAUUGGUUGGUUCUUAGCCACCAUCUCUCUUUCUCUCAUUCCCCUCUGGAUCAUCUACAAACUGUACAUGGGCAAAGGCCCCCUGAAAGAUCAAUUUCUCCAGCUUUGCCAUCCAGUGGAGGAUCUCCCUUUGCAUCACACGUACAAACCUGCCAACUUCCACCAAACUGUCACAUCUAAUGGUGUUUCUGACAUGAAUUUUUUGAUGAAAUAAGGCUUUUGAAGGUGUGAAGGAUAACAACUCCUUCGAAGACUAGAAAAGGAAAGCAUCCAUGUGCCUUCAGAGAAGAGACUUACUGUUUUUUUUUACUACAGGACUAUUUUUUACUAUUGUACUAUUACAAAAUGCACAAACUGUUAGCAAAACUACCAAGUUUCCACCUGACUAUGCUGGAAAAAAACCCCCACCAAACUCAAAACUGCAUAUUAGACCAGCUCACCUGAGGUAUAAGAAACAGAUGUGGUAGACAGAUUAGUUUGUAGAUUGAAAGUUGAUGUGUGAUAGAUCAGCAUCAGAUCUAUGAGACUCAUCAGCAGAGUGAUAGCAUGUAGCUAUCAAUAAAACGGAACCUUUUUUGCAAAAUGAACACACAGGUUUUAGCCAAUGUAAUUAUGCAAAUGCCAAUGCAAUGUGUAAUUAUGUGCAAAUUGUAAAAGUAUAUCAUUUGAUUUGCUUGAAAACCAACAUUGUUGUACAUGGUAUGACAUUAUUUUUACAAUUACAGAUAGCAAUGUAGACUGGCAGAACUUACCUUAAGAACAUCCCAGAAGAUAAAGUUAAAGUUAUGUUAAGCCAAAUUAGGUCACCUGGCUACCCUAACAGUACUGUAGGAUGUGAUUUAAAACUAAAGUUUUGCCAUUGCCUUAUUUUAGCCAAUACUUUAUUUUUAUAUUGGACUGUUAAUUGCCGUUUGUGUCUUAUUUGUUAUGUCAUACAUCAUCUGUACAAGUGCACAUCCAACUAUGUAUUACAGGGUAAUGCACCUAAA